GACGCACACACAAACCGCGCCGGUGUUUGUUCCCGAGCUACGGAGAGGCGAAGGGGCCAAAAAGUGUUGGCAGCGUUUUGUUGUCGGGCGCCUACUGGCCGAGCGACGUUGUUUGGCGUUGCUUGCGUUGAAAAACCAGUACUUCGGACCUGAAAUUGCUCGUUGAUUAAUCGAUUAGUUGAUUGCCAGAAAAAUAAAUCGGCAACGAGCUUAACACCAGGCCUCCGUGCAGGGGGUUGGCGAUGGGGAAUAGAAGAGCAGCAGCAAACUAAUAAUUAUUGCCGAUAAUUAUCUUCAACCUCAGAUUGACCUCAGUCAUUUGUUACCCAGCUGUAACAAGGGACAGCACACCAGAUGUUGGGUGAUAAGUCAACGUUUUGUUACUGGAGCCCCGGUGUUCUGACAUUUUAAACCCUGAACCAUCAACUGAUUAUUGAAGAAAAUUUGUACGUGUUUACCCUGAAGACACUGAGACUACAACGAAACAGUCUGAUGCCAACAAGGAAUGUGGUACAGUUAAUCCCCAUGCACCAGAAACAGGAGCGGCACAAUGUCACCGCGCUGUCCUACCACGCUAUAAUGAGACGGUACAGUAUGAGCAGCAUGAAAGCACUGAUUUUCCUUGGCUGGAUACGUGUGUUACCUCCUGGUUCUUCAGACUGCUGCACUGGAUGUGUUCUUGGGUGACACAGCUUCUGUGCAAGUCAUCUGCUCAGGUAUCAAAGGAAUUUUCAUCCACUCACAGCUUCAUUUUAGCAGCUUGACCUGAUCUGCCACUUGAUCAGGCUCUGUUUGAAUGAGGCAACACUGGCAACACCAAAAAAGGACUUACAGAUGAGGACUGGUUCCCUAGUAAUGCGCGAAGGUCCAGUAGUUGCACUGCCCGUUCAGCAGCAGCCUAACAGGCAUAUUUACCCGCAGGCUGUGAGUGUCCCUCUGGAUGACCUGCAAGGUCAAGUUCCCCUCCCGACUCAAAGCUCCGACAACCAAAUGAUAACCAUGUCUGAACCUGUUCCUCUGCUAAGUUGUGCUCCGGAUCCUGCCGCCAGUCAUGCUCAAAGCCUGAGGGAGCUGAAGAUGGACAACGGCUCCUCUUGUGAAUCAACUAAGCCUGACUUAAAGCAGAAUGGACACUACAGAAGCAGCAAGAGUUCAGACAUGGCUCGUGGAACAGGCGGCGACAUGGAGGUGUCGGCCCUGGACUGCAGAGCUGCUGUUCUCAGUAAUUCUCAGAUGGAGGCACGUUGUGGAGCCACAUUACCUCAGCAACAAGAAGGGAGCUCCACGGAGACCCCCUGUCCUGAUGAGAUGCUUCUUGACCUGGAUAAAAAUAGUUGUAACCAUCUGCCAGCGUCUGUGAAUGCAUCCGAGGACUGUUCAUCGGACCUGCUCAGAAUAGUAAAGCACCAGCAGAGCGCCAUCGUGUUCUGCGAUUAUGACUGUAGCACUGACAACCAGGCGGUCUUUGCCAAUGGGAGCUCUGAUGGUGGGGAGUCCUCCUCAUCCAGCACUGAAGAGGUAGAGGGUGACAAUGAUGAGGAUGAUGAUUUUCCCGAGACAUUACAGUAUAAGGAAUUCCUGGUCAGUCGUCGCCGUAGGAACCUGAGCAGGAACAGGAAGUGCUUGAGGAAGAGACCGGAUGCCCAGCCUAACAGCACUGCAUCUGGCUGGCAAAAGCCCACCAGCAAGGGCAAACCCGAGUUCACAGGUGGCCGGGAGGAAGAGGAGAACAAUGGAAAAAAGGCUGCUGUGUGUGACUCCAUGACCCUGCUGAUGAACAAGUUGGAUCAGCUCAAUGACGGGACCCAAGGAGUCCAAAGCGUCAAUUCCUUCCACCCAGACGUGACCAAUGGUGACCAGGAGCAGCAGAGCACCAUGGGUACUCCUGCUGUGGGCAGGACGGCGAGCCGAGCCCUGAGUCAGGAUCAGGGCACCUCCAGAGCUCCAGACAAACCUGAGCCGCUGACCAGACGGCGUUCGCGACCUUUGACUCGCAGCAGACCGCUGACCCGCUCGUCGCUCUCGUCCCCUAUACAUCUCCAUGCUCGACGGGCCAGGGCUGCUGCAAGGAUCACCAGUGGAUCAGCAGAGAUUGAGGCUAAGGAGGCUUGUGAUUGGCUUAGAGCAGCAGGAUUUCCACAGUACGCCCAGCUCUAUGAAGAUUCCCAGUUUCCAAUUGAUAUUUCCUCAGUGAAAAGGGACCACGACUUCUUGGACCGGGAUCUGGUGGAGCCUCUAUGUCGACGUCUAAAUACUCUGAACAAGUGUGCCUCCAUGAAACUGGAUGUCAGCCACCCCAAGAAGAAAGGUGAUGACUCCGAUGAAGAUGACCCGUUGGCUAUCAGUAAACGGUGGACGUUCGAGUGGAGUAGCCGACGCUGGUCUCGUCUACAAGACUUCCUGUUGGACAGCACCAAUGAGAGCAGCCCGACAGGUCAGGGGGAGGGUCUGCACAGCACAGUGAGCAGUGAGAGUGUGCUGACAGAUCUGAGCGAGCAGGAGAUUACAGAAAUCUCCUCGCUGCACAGUGAGGACUCCGCCUCCGCCAUGCCUGAUUCUAUAUCUAUGGCAUCCCUUUCCGCUUCCUACCAACCACCCAGGGAAUUUCCCCAUUACAAUUCCCUGCCAAUCAAGAGCAGCCGCCAUGGGCAAGGAGGGCGGAGCAAAGCCAAAGAGUUUUUGCGUCGAAUGGAAAUAAUGCGCACUUGGGGGCCAUCGACACGGCGGAAAAGCACAAAUCGCAGGCAACCACUGGUCAUCAGUGGGCCGGUGUUACAGGGGGAGGAGCCUCAGGCACUGCAGAUGCUCCAGUGUACACCCAUCAACCAAUUAGAACACAGCCCUAAACACAACCACCAAACUGAUGGCGACACUUCUGCUGUCACCCUUAACAAUGAUUGUAAAGACCGAUCCAUGGUGAGUGUGAGCCCCAGCAGCGAGACAGUGGCGCUCAAUGUGAAUGAGCCUGUGUGUACAAAACCUCGCACUGCCAGUAAGAGAAGUAGCAUGUAUCUGGAGGACAUGGAGCUGCCUUCACAGGGUAAGAGGACUGAAGGACAGAGCCAGUUUGGCAGAAGCCAGUUUCACUCAUACGAAAACCUCCUCAUUCACAUCCCCAAAGACCAUAAACCAGGCACCUUUCCAAAAGCUCUAUCCAUAGAGAGCCUGGCACCCUCCCCUGGUGACAGGAACAAUAGAUCUCAGAAACAGGCCCAACCUUCUCCAUCCAACAAAGGCCUGGGUGAGCCGUGGUCUGGUAAACCUCUUUCCAAGGCCCCCUGUCCUGGAGCUCCACGGGGCAGCAGGGUGAGUGUUUAUGACAACGUGCCGGGCUCCCACCUGUAUGCCAGCACAGGAGACCUGCUGGACUUAGAGAAAGAGGACAACCUGUUCCCUCACCUGGACGACAUCAUCCAGCACGUCAGCGGUUUGCAACAAAUAGUGGACCACUGGAGCCGCACUGUGCUGCCCGAGGGUGAGACAGGGGAGGGGGAGGAGGAAGGGGAGGGCAGGACCACCCCCAGUGAAGGUGAGAGAGAUGGAGUCUCCUUGAAUGACACUGAUUCGACAGGGACCAGUCGGGAGAGGCGGGACUCUGGAGUCGGGGCCUCACUGACAAGACCACGUCUACGAUGGCCCAGUUUCAGAACCUCUGAUCAUCUCAACCAGCCAGCAUCUUCACUGCAGAUCAGUAGCCAAUCGGCGGGCCAGCUCAGCCUGCUGCAAAAGUUCUCUUUGCUCCUCCUCACUGCCAUCAUGGAGAAAUACUCUAUGUCUAAUAAACAUGGCUGGACAUGGUCUGUGCCCAAGUUUAUGAAGCGCAUCAAGGUGCCAGACUACAAAGAGAAGAGUGUGUUUGGCAUUCCCCUCAUUGUCCAUGUCCAGCGUUGUGGUUUUCCACUCCCACUUUGCUUACAGCAGGCCCUCAGCCACCUCAGAACACACUGUCUGGACCAGGUGGGAUUGUUCCGCAAAUCAGGCGUCAAGUCUCGUAUUCAGGCUUUGAGGCAGCAGUGUGAGCUGUCCCCUGACUCUGUGAGCUACGAGGACCAGUCAGCUUAUGACGUGGCCGACAUGGUCAAACAGUUCUUCAGAGAUUUGCCUGAGCCUCUGCUAACAAGCAAACUGGGGGAAACCUUCCUGCAUAUUUACCAGUAUGUCCCAAAGGAACAGAGGUUGCAGGCCGUCAGAGCGGCCAUUUUGUUGAUGCCAGAUGAAAACAGGGAGGUUCUGCAGACCUUGCUCUACUUCCUGCGUGAUGUCACUUCCUUGGUGGAGGAGAACCAGAUGACGCCGAUGAACCUGGCUGUUUGUCUGGGACCUUCGCUCUUCCACCUCAGCAUACUGAAGAACGAGAUGCUGUCACCAAGGUCAAUCCAGAGGAAGUACACCACAGGCCGUCCCGAUCAGAAAGACCUGAGUGAGAACCUGGCCGCCACUCAGGGCCUGGCACACAUGAUCACCGAGUGCCAGCAUCUUUUUCAGAUCCCAGAGGAGAUGGUGACCCAGUCUCGCAACUCCUACAUGGAGGCUGAGCUGAUGGUGCCCCCGCUGGACGAGCUGUGCAAGGCUCAAGAGGAGGAGGUGGACGAGGACGAUGAAGAGGAGGAUGAGGAAGGGUCCUAUCAUGCACACCUAGAAAGCCUGGUCCAGAACCUGCUGAAAGAGGCCAAAGAUAAGAGCAAAGGCUGGGUGUCCCGCUCAAUUAAUGACCAUACAGAACUGGCAUUUAAAAAGGUAGGAGAUGGUAACCCUCUCAGGCGGUGGCGGGUGUGUGUGGAGGUGUCCGCAACCCCCAGUGAGGUGCUGCAGCGGCUGCUGAAAGAGCGCCCCCUGUGGCAGACUGAACUAGAGCAGGAGAAGGUUCUGGAGACGCUGGACAAACAGACAGAUGUGUACCAGUUCUCCUGCCGCAGCAUGGCACCUCAACCCAGCUGUGACUAUGUGGUACUAAGAUCAUGGCGUACAGACCUGUGCAAAGGCUCAUGUGCGCUGGUGUGUGUGUCCGUCGAAUAUGAUGACAGCCCACGCACGGGAGCGGUGAGGGGGGUUGUGCUGGAGUCACAGUACCUCCUCGAGCCCUGUGGGAUGGGGAGGACCAGGCUCACACAUAUCUCCAGAGUGGACCUCAGGGGAAGGUCUCCAGAAUGGUACAACAAGGCAUUUGGUCACCUGUGUGUUAAUGAGGCCCAGAGGAUCCGCUCCUCUUUUCACCUGCUAGAUCAGGCGAGCACUGAGGCCAAGCUCUGAACCCCAGAAAUCAAGCUUUAUCUUGGGUCACGCUGCCAGAGCAGCUGGGCCUGAGAACCAGUGACCCAGGAGGGGAAUCAUCCAGGCAAUGGACUUUGGUGUCUUUUCAUGCUGCUGAGCCACACUGAGCUUUACUGUACCAUACCGUAUUGAGUUACAGUCAUUCACACACAGAGAAGAGUGUCAUGUAUUCCAGUAAUUCUGCAUAGGCAUCCUUAAACAACAUAUCACUACUUAUUUAUUUUCCAUGUACCAUAGAGCAAAAGUUGGUUUCCAAAUAUGAAACAGCUAAUUUGAUUUUCUUUAAAUUGCUCAUGAUAUUUCAUAUAAUUGGCUCUUAACCAUGUGCAUUAUUGGAAGUGUAGGGUUGUAUGAACAGUGAGUAUUUUCAGUAUUUAUUGCUCUGGGUCAUUCUUCAAAAUCCCCAUCUACAAAUCCAGUAACUUGCAAAAAAAAGAUGAAAAAGAAUGAAACAGGCAGCAUUGGCAGGUUAGAUCCUGAUCAUGAGCGUUAGGGGGUAAUGUUUAAUCUGCAAUGCCUCCAUUUGAUAUCACUUUAAUUGUUACUGUAAUAGAUUACCAAACUGAAGCACAUAACUAUAACUGAUUUAAUAGUAUGUACGAUCAAAGUCGGCAUGAAAGUUACUCUUACUGAAAGUAUACAACCUGUAUUUGUAUUGAUUAUUUUGAGAAAUCUAUCUUAACUCCAUCUCUUUAAAGUGCCAUGUGGCCUGUGUGGAAUAUACAUGACCAUUUUGAUUGAAGCUGUUCAUAACAAGAUCUCUUCUGAGAUGUUUUAUUGAAUAGACGUGAAAAAACCCUGAUCUGAUUCGAUCAUUGCAAAGUCACACAAACAACAUUGACAAUAUCUGAUGAUUACAUCUUAUCCACAAAUAUUACUUGAUUAAUCUACUAAUAAAGUAAUGCAAACCGGACCUCCCUGACCUACAUCAGCUUUUUUACCCAUUCUACAUCUUCAAAGCUGUUAACUUCCACUUACAUAUCCACAUUUGUAAUAUGCACUUAAUUAUUGUGGAGCCUUCUACAGAUACUGUAAAGAUGCAAAAACGUCGAUGCUCUAAAAAUCCCUGUCUAUAGGAAUGACCAAGACCAGUGCAAUAUGAUAACACGACAGCACUAUUUUGUGAAAAGUGCACUAGUUUCAGGAAAAACAAGUGCACGAGGGAUCUGGAUUGCAGAAAGGGGGAAACACUCAUCGGUUCCAUAAAUGUGCUUUGACCCCGUUAUGGACACAUUGUGUUGGAUAUCACUGUUGAUUUCAUUCUCUGUCACUAUUUUCAAUGUUAAUCUUAUCUAAAUGAAAUGUUAUUUUAAAGUUAUUGUUGUCAUUAUAUCUCUGUAUAUGGUAUCAUUGUUGCUUUGUUUGCUGUCAUGUUAUACAAUGUCUGAGACAUGUGACCAUUUCACUGCUUCUGGGAAGCAUGUUUGAAAUUUUGCAUGAGUGGGUGUGUGCAUGGAUGUACCUGUGUAUCUGCAUUUUAGAUAUACGUACAGCCUGUAUUGUAAAUAUAUAUAUAUAUAUAUAAAUAUAUGUAUGUAUACGACGCUUUCUGUGCCAGCAGAUCAAACUUCAUAGCUUUUCAGGGUCUUCCUAUCAUAUUGAUAUUCUGAAAUGUGAACUUUCUACACACAGCAUCCUACUAAACCAAUAGGAGACUAGAGCUUGCUCUGCCAUGGUUCUGCCUUGGCUUUUUGUGUUUCAGCUGUAGGCAGCGUUGCUAUGGUGUUGCUAUGAUACAGUAUCUCAACAGUGCUACCAAAAUCCUGCGUGGAUGCUGUUUCCUAGAGAACUGUGUGGCGCGUGUGUGUGUGUGUGUGUGUAUGUGUGUGUAAAUAUGUGUGUAUGAGAAAGACAAAAAGGCAGACACAAGGUUGAGUGAGUGACUUUGACAUGAGCCCUUUGGUUGUGUGUGAUGAGGCUCCAAAUCAAGCUGAGUAGCUGAUUUAUGCUUGGUUAUUUCUGACAAAGUGACAGAAACUAGAACCGUUGUUUCUAAAGAGAAUAAAAGAACUUAAGAAUUCAACAA